ACUAAAUAAGUUAGAGCCUUUAAACUUUUAAUUUUCGUUUCUGCAACAAGUUGGUGGCGAAAGAUCGAGUCUUUGGCUUUGAUUAAUGGUGGGUUUUGCCUAAAAAGUUGGAUUAAAGUAAAAAGUUUCCAACUUUCGGUUUCUAAUUUGGACACGGGAGGCACGAGGUGUGUUGCUUUUGCUUAGAUUUUUUUUUUUUUUUUUUUCCAGAUUUUUUUUUGCUUCUGUUUCUUGUUUUCUCUGAGGUUUUGAUUAUCCGAAAUCAAGCUUUUAUUUGUAAUUUUUGAAAUGAAAGAACAGCAGAGGAGUGGAUUGCAGAAAGUUUGUAGGGAAAUUUAGAUUGGAUAGGGAGAAAAAUUUGGAGUUCCUGGCAGAUGAGUAGGUUAGAUCUUAAGAAUUUAGGAGGGGGUUAUGUCAGUCCCCUCCAGCAAUCCAGGUUGGUGUUUUCAGAUCUUGGAAUUUGGAAAAUAUGUUUUGAGAUUCUUCAUUUGGGAUUAAAGUGAUAGAAUUUGAGUAGUAUUCGUUUUUUUUUUUUUUUCGGUUUUUGAGUGAGUUUUGGUUGUUCUGGAGUUUGAAAAAUCGAAACUUUGAUAGAAGGAGAAUGAUCUGAACAAAAUUGAUCACUUGGGGAGGGUGCAAUCUGCAAUGUUAAGAGCAUUAGCAAUUGGAUUGUUGGUUUCGUGUUUCGUUACGUUAGUGUCAGGCAGUGAUCAUGACUUUGCACAUUGUAAUUGUGAUGAGGAGGGUUUUUGGAGCAUUCCAAACAUUAUAGAGGGCCAAAGAGUGAGCGAUUUCUUGAUUGCAAUUGCAUAUUUUUCAAUCCCUAUAGAACUCCUUUACUUUGUCAGCUGCUCGAAUUUUCCGUUCAAAUGGGUUCUCCUGCAGUUUAUUGCAUUCAUUGUACUCUGUGGCUUGACACAUUUGUUAAAUGCUUGGACAUAUUAUGGCCGUUACACGUUCCAACUGAUGCUGUCCCUCACCAUUGCCAAGUUCCUCACUGCCCUGGUCUCUUGCGCAACCGCAAUAACCCUUUUAACUCUGUUCCCUAUGAUUCUCAAAGUAAAAGUGAGAGAAUUGUUCUUGAGGCAAAAUGUGAUGGAAUUAGACCAAGAGGUUGGGAUGAUGAAGAUACAGAAGGAGGCGAGUUGGCAUGUUCGAAUGCUGACACAGGAAAUUAGGAAGUCACUUGACAAGCAUACCAUAUUGUAUACAACUCUGGUUGAGCUUUCAAAGACGUUAGACUUGCAUAACUGUGCAGUUUGGAUGCCAAAUGAGAAAAGAGGAGAGAUGAACCUGACCCAUGAGUUGAAAGCAAGUUCUUCGCAAAAGUAUCGCCUUUCUAUCCCAAUUAAUGACCCAGAUGUGUUAGAGAUAAGAGUGAGCGAGAGGGUAAUGAUCCUGAGACCUGAUUCAACGCUGGGAUCUGCAAGUAGCGGCGAGUCUGCUGAAUCAGGUGCUGUAGCAGCAAUCCGGAUGCCAAUGCUUCAGGCUUCAAAUUUCAAAGGGGGUACACCACAGUUGGUUGAUACUCAUUAUGCUAUAUUGGUUUUGGUUCUUCCAAUUGCAAAUUCUGGAGGUUGGAGCCAUCAUGAGCUGGAGAUAGUGGAAGUUGUGGCUGACCAGGUCGCCGUGGCUCUAUCCCAUGCUGCAGUACUUGAAGAGUCUCAACUAAUGAGGGAGAAACUGGGUGAACAAAAUCGAGCGUUGCAACAAGCUAAGAAGAAUGCAAUGAUGGCUAGCCAAGCAAGGCACUCGGUUCAGAAGGUAAUGAGUCAUGGAAUGAGAGGGCCAAUGCAUACGAUUUUGGGUUUGCUUUCGAUGUUUCAAGAGAAUUUAAGUUUCGAACAGAGCAUUAAUGUGGACACAAUGGCAAAAACUAGUUAUGUUCUCUGCACUUUGAUAAAUGAUGUGAUGGAGAUGUCAGCAAAAGAUAACGGAAGGUUCCUAUUGGAGAUGAAACCGUUUGAACUACAUUCUAUGAUCAAGGAAGCUGCUUGCCUUGCCAAAUGCUUGUGUAUGUAUAAAGGGUUUAGCUUUGAAAUUGAUGUUCAAAGCUCAUUGCCUAAUCAGGUGAUAGGGGACGAAAAAAGGACUUUCCAAGUGCUCUUGCAUAUGAUUGGGUACCUAUUGAGCACCUAUAAUGGUGGGGGGACUGUCAUCUUUCGGGCUAUUUCUGAAAGUGGUAGUGAUGGCCCUGAUGAUAGAUUGCAAGGAAUGUGGAGAACAGGUAUUCCAGAUGAGUACAUUUGUAUAAAGUUUGAAUUUGAGAUUAGUGAGGCAAGUUCUUAUCCCGGCGGAUUAGUAGCAUUGACACACGAUGAUGGUAGGCGGCAUGACAAUGAUGAUAUCAAAAGGGGCUUGAGCUUCAGCAUUUGUAAGAAGAUUGUUCAGAUGAUGCAAGGCAAUAUCUGGAUAUCCAUGAAUCCGGUGGAUUUUGCAGAAAGCAUGACACUUGUUCUCAGGUUUCAAAUCGUCUCGUCUACUGGGAGAGCCAUAUAUCCCCUCGGAAAUACAUUGGAGCAACCAAAUUCGAACUCCCAGUUCAGUGGCCUUCGGGUUAUAGUAGCGGAUGAUGAUAACGUAAACAGGACUGUGACCAGUAAGCUGCUCGAGAAACUUGGCUGUCAAGUUACUGCUGUGUCUUCUGGGUUUGAAUGCCUGAGUGCCCUUACUGCUGCCGAAAACUCUUUUCGAAUUGUUGUUUUGGAUCUCCACAUGCCGGAAAUGGAUGGGUUUGAAGUGGCAAUGAGAAUCAGGAAGUUCUGCAGCCGUAGUUGGCCAUUGAUCAUAGCCCUCACGGCAACUGCGGAGGAGCAUAUAUGGGAGAGAUGUCUGCAGCUGGGAAUGAACGGAUUGAUUCGAAAACCUGUUCUUUUGCAAGGAAUGGCGGAUGAACUUUGUCGAGUUCUGCAAUGAGCACAAGUUGUAGAGAGAGAUGGAAUCCAACUUUAACAUGUCAAACUUAGUUUUUACUCAGAAAAUAUAGUAAUUAGAUAUUGCUAAUUAACCUUCAUAUCACAAUAUGUACUGAGUAGUGAGUUUAUUUGUUGUUGAUGUUAAGCCAAGGCUACUCACAUUGAAGUAAAUUCAAUGAUUAUUCUAACUCUACUAUUCAAUCCAAUGAUUUAAUUCAAACAAAA